GGGCAUUGUGGGAAGUAGCCAUGGUCUGAGGCUAGCGCCUCACCUGUCAGCCGCCCGGGCUGCUACGGUCUCUUCUGGCUCUCGCAUCCCGGGCGAUCGCUGCUGUCGAGACCCGGGCGGCUGCGGCCACCAUGAUACAUUUCAUCUUGCUCUUCAGUCGACAAGGGAAGCUGCGGCUGCAGAAAUGGUACACCACGCUCUCUGACAAAGAGAGGAAGAAGAUCACCCGGGACAUCAUCCAGACCGUCCUCUCUCGUGGGCACAGGACCAGCAGCUUCAUUGACUGGAAGGAGCUGAAACUUGUUUAUAAAAGGUAUGCUAGUUUAUAUUUUUGCUGUGCAAUAGAAAAUCAAGACAAUGAGCUCUUGACACUAGAGAUUGUUCAUCGUUAUGUGGAGUUGCUGGAUAAAUACUUUGGAAAUGUCUGUGAGCUGGAUAUUAUCUUUAAUUUUGAAAAGGCAUAUUUUAUCCUUGAUGAGUUUAUAAUAGGUGGAGAAAUUCAAGAAACAUCCAAGAAAACGGCAGUCAAGGCCAUUGAAGACUCUGAUAUGUUACAAGAGACGAUGGAAGAAUACAUGAACAAGCCCACGUUUUAAGUGUACAGUCUACUUGAGGAUGCUGAACGCUCCAUGCUGUGAACCUACCAACAAGCAACUCCUUGAAUCCAGUCUCCGCACGGCCUCUGGCACCACGCCAAAAAAAACACGACUUAAAGGGAUUCUGUGUUAGCUAGCAAAAACUUAAAGUUGUUAGCAAAAUGUCCUUAUGGUUGCUAUGUGUCCGUAUUGUACUGUCUCAUCAAUACUCAGACUGUGGCUCUAGCUGUUUCAUGUAAUUGCUGCAGAUUGAAUAGUUGCUUGCUGUGUUUUUAAGUCCUUGUGGUAUUUUUAAGGUAAUUUCAAAUAUUGGUUGCAAUAUGAUAAUUUUUAUUGCCAUUUGAUCUUCUACCUGUAGGCUGACAACUGCUUUGUGAAAACACACAAUUUUGAAUGUAAAGUAUAUUUUAUAUAAUAAAUGCCUUUCCUAAAUGUUUAAGAGUGUACAUAAAUUCAGUUUAUGUUAAUAGCUCAGAUUUCAUAUAUGAUGCUUAGAUAUUUUUAAUAUGUUCAAUGCUACUAUAAUUUCAGGUCAGAUACCAUGUAUAUGACUUUAAUGUCUUGAAUUCAACUUUUUUUUUUUUUUUUUUUUUUUUUUUUUUUUUUAGAAUUGGGAUAAAACUUCAUAAGAGAUUUUGAUGUCUUAGAAUAAAGUGCUAGAUCAAGGUUUUAACUUUACUUUCAAUUGAAUAUAAGGGACAUUUCA